UUUGGACCAGCUGUCGUCGCUUGCCUGCUUUUCCUUGAACACAACCAGCAUCAUGAGCAAGGGUGAGAAGAAGGCCAAGCGCGCCAAGGUGGACAAGGAAGAAGCCGAGGAUGAGAGCCGCACCUACGAGAUCCUGGCCUCUCGCGUGAGCGUCAUUGCCCAGCCUCUGGCCAGCAAGAAGCUCACCAAGAAGGUGUACAAGGUGGUCAAGCGCGCUCACAAAGCCAAGUCCUUGUGCCGCGGUGUCAAGGAAGUCAGCAAGGCGCUCCGCAAGGGUGGCACGGGCGUGUGUGUGUUUGCCGGUGACAUCUCGCCAAUUGACGUCAUCACGCACAUGCCCGUCAUGUGCGAGGAGGCACAUGUCCCCUACUGCUUUGUGCCCUCCAAGGAGGAUUUGGGUGCCGCCGGUCAGACGAAGCGCCCAACCAGUGUUGUGCUCAUCAAGACCAACAAGAGCGUUGAGGGCUAUGAGGAGCUUGAGUCGGAGGUCAAGGAGCUGGCGGCAUAAAUCUGCCUCGAUAGUUCGUGUCCAUCUCAUCGUGCCGUGCCCAAGUUCCAUUUUCUGUUUUAUACCUCGUGUUGCACGUGGCAGCGCCUGUGAAGUUUCACGAGGUACAAAGCAGG